GAAGUUUAUCUUCACAUGUGCUUUUAUCCUUGUGUAUGUGAAAUAAAAAAUGAUGCAGAUGGCAUGAGGAGGAAUGGGAAGAAAGCUUUUGGGGGUAGCUUGUACCAGUGCUCUGUCACUCUGACAGUAAGGAAUUUCCUUCUCAUGUUCAAAUGGAGUUUCCUGUGUUGCAGUUUGUCCCAUUGGUCCUUGUGGUGUCACUGGGCACCAAAGAAGAGAGCCUGGCUCCAUCCUCUUGACACCCACCUUUCAGAUAUUUAUAAGUGUUAGUAAGAUCCCCUCUCGGUAUUUUCUUCUCCAGGCUGGACAGCCCCAGCUCCCACAGCCUGUCCUCAGCCAGGAGAUGCUCCAGGACACAAGCAUCUUUGUGGCCCACUGCUGGACUCUCUCCAGCAGUUCCCUGUACUGGGGAGCCAAGAACUGGACAUAGUAUUCUAAAUGUGGCCUCACUGGGGCAGAGCAGAGGGGAGUAUUACCUCCCUCACCCUGCUGGCCAUGCUCUUUGUAGUGCACACCUUGACCCUCCUGCUCAGAAGGGCACACUAAUGGCUCAUGGCCAACCUUUUGUCCACCAGGACACCCAGGGCCAUCUCUGCAGGGCUCCAUUCCAGUAGGUCAGCCCCUAACCUGUACUGAUGUAUGCAGUUAUUCCUCCCUAGGUGUAGGACUCUAUACUUGCUCUUGUUGAACCCCAUAGGGUUCCUCUCUGUCCAACUCUCCAGCUUGUCCAGGUCUCGCUGAAUGGCAGCACAGCAUGCUGUGUCAGCCACUCCUCCCAGCUUCAUUUUCUUUAGAAUUGAAUGCCACGUAGAGUUAACAGCCGUGUUGCAAAAUUUGCAAGUGUCACAGGCUUCAUCAGCAUGGGAAAUAAAGACCACAAAUGUCACACCUCUGCAAACGGCUCUGAAGGAAUCCUUUUCCCCUCCUUUUCAGGCAGAAGAAUUUUAAACCCUGAAAUUUGAGGGAGGAAGGGUAAGAGGGGUGUGAGCUUCUGGAGACUUUUCCUGUAGCAGCUACUCACAGCACUGAAAAUCUCUGUGCUUUGUGCUUUCUCUGAUUGUGAAGGGAAUCAAAUUUUACAUGAAUCAAAAGGUAAAAAAUAAUCUAAAGGAACUGCACAUAAAUGAUAGAAAACAAAGGCACAAAGAAAGCGUGUGGAGGGCUGAACAAAGGCUUGGAAGGAAGGCUUGGUUUUGUUCUACAAAAGAGUCAGGUGGGCCCUUUAUUGAGCAGAUUUACGUCCUGCAAGGCUACGUGGAAGGAUGGAAUGAAGGAACAUGGGAAGAAAAAAUAGAUGAGAGGCCUUGCAUUGAUCAGCUUAUGUAUUCCAAAGACAAGCAUCAGUACUACAGGGGAUGGUUCUGGGGUUAUGAAGAAACACGGGCCCUGAAUGUCUCUUGUUUGUCUGUUCAAGGAUCUGCCUCUGUUGUAGCUCCCAUCCUUCUGAAGAAUACCUCAGCACAAUGCAGAGAUGCCACUAGAAUGAUGAGAGGAGAGGGAAACUCUCAUAUGAGGAAUGGAGUAUGCUUACAUUGUCCCAGUAGCAGAGCAUUUCCAGAAAGGUCGGUGAUGUUGGACAGAGCUGAAAACCUUCUUCAUGACCACUAUGGAGGGAAAGAUUAUUGGAAUACCCGUCGAAGUAUGGUAUUUGCUAAACAUCUCCGUGUAGCGGGAGAUGAGUUUAGAAACAAGUACCUUCAAUCCACAGAUGAGGCAGACAGGACUCAUUACAAUGAGGACUGGUCACAGAUGAAGGUUAAGAUGGGCACAGCUCUAGGUGGUCCAUACCUUGGGGUUCAUCUCAGAAGGAAAGAUUUCAUCUGGGGUCACAGAGAAGAUGUGCCUUCCCUGCACGGAGCAGUAAAGAAGAUCCACAGCCUCUUGGAAAUGCAUAAACUUGAAAAAGUUUUCAUAGCCACUGAUGCUGUUGAGGAUGAGAUUGAAUUGCUCAAGAAAUUGGUGCCUGAGAUGGUGAGGUUUGAACCUACUUGGGAGGAGCUAGAACUGUACAAAGAUGGGGGAAUGGCUGUGAUUGACCAGUGGAUCUGUGCACAUGCAAGGUAUUUUAUAGGCACCUCAGUUUCAACAUUUUCCUUUCGGAUUCAUGAAGAAAGGGAGAUCUUGGGAUUUGAUCCAAAAACAACUUACAAUCGAUUUUGUGGUGAAAAAGAGAAAAACUGUGAGCAGCCAACUCACUGGAAAAUUAUAUACUAGUAUGCAGAGAAAUCCAAGGACUUUAUACUGGUGAGCUCAAAAGAAAAAGGGAAGUCUAUGGGGAAGAACAUCCCUUCAAUGAAACUAGAACUCAGUCCUCACCUUUCUUCUGUGAUUCUUGCUGUUUACUUGAUGUUUGGGCUUUAAAACAUGAGCAAUAUUUAUCCUCUUAUUUGGGCACUGAUGGGCACAAGGUAAACACCUGGGAGUCAGUUCUCAGUGUAACUAUGAUGACAGGACACAACACUAGACACUGCACUGGAGAUUUGAAAGGCAAAGCUUUGCUCUGAAAUAGUGAAUUAAGUCAAAGUUCUCUUUGGAGUACUGGGGAAGAAGGGCAUGAAAGUUUAACAUCUACAAAUGUAACAUAGCUGUAGUCAAUACUGCAUUUCUGUCUUUACCUGAUUAUUUUUUGUUAAGCUCAGUGCUUGCCUCUGAUUGCAAAAACUACAGCUCAUAUGCACUAUGUGAGUUGCAGAUUGUGCACAAAUUCUGCAGUUCCCUAGGAAAAUCUUUCCUUUUCAAAUAGUAAUUUGUGGACAUUCAAAUUUUUUUGAUGCAGUCAGUACUCAGUAAUAAUACUGUGUGAGAACCAACUGCUUUUCCUAGCAAUUUCAGUGGGCCUGUACUAAGAGAGGCACCAAGAUUGGGUUUGUAUGGUGGUGAAGGAAACAAAGGAAUUUUUCCUCAUCCUUUGAAGGGUCAGUUCAGUCAGACUGAUGCACAUAUCUUUUGAGUAUUACUCAGCUGUUCAACUAACAGAGAUUAGUUACUAGACACAGUCACUAGACUGUGGUGCUUUGCUAGGGAACAUAUUGAAAGGCAUUUCAUGUUUCCAUGUCAGUUAAAUGGAUUGUCCCGCUAGUUCAUCAAAGGAAUUUCCUGCAUUUCUGCUUUUAUUUUUCAAAAGUGAGCAAACAGAGGAAAAUAACAGAAUAAAGGUCAUUGGACCUCAAAGUGAUGUUUAUACACAAAGCAGAAAUCUUGUAGAUAGUGCUGUGCUCUGAUGGAGAUGGCUGGCUGGUAGUACAUGGGAGGAGCACUGUGUUAUACCACCAGCCAGAGGGAAAGUGCAGCUUCCAUUUGAGAAAAGCUUUGUAAGAACCAAUUCUAGCUUGUGCGGUCUCCUGCUACUCAGAAUUGACUGGUGGAAAGUAUUCUGCUCCAUUUUGUGCUUCAAAUGUGCGUCUCUGUUAAGCAAGAUAAACUUUUUUUCAAAAAUAGGCCAGGAGAGAGGUUUCAAGAGGUGAAGCAGGCACGUUUCCUAAAUCCAGUUUUACUAGAUUACCUCUCUGUUAGUGGACCUUUCGCUUGCUUUUUCCUUUGGUUUGAGGAGUAUAGAUAUAACCCUUACACAGCGUGCACCAGGUAUUUCAUAGAUUCUUCCAGACAGUGAGGUUGCUUUCAUCUGUGCAACUGUAGUGACAGCCACGAAGAUGUCUCAGACAGCAGUAGCAGCAGCUCUCCUGUUUUUACCAGCUUUUUAUUUUGUUACUGUGCAGCAGCUGACUCUCACUUGUUACUAAGUGAGGAGCCAAGCAUUUCUAAACAGUGCCUUUGCCCAUGAAGCUAAGUGUUCUCAUUUACCCUGCGUGCCGUGUAAACCAAUAGUAGCAUUUUACAUAUAAGGAGUACCUCAAUUCAUUAAGAAAAAUAAAAAGCUUUCUAGCA